AUGUCCGUCUCCGCCGCUGGUGAUGUUCUCGGUGGCGAAUACGAUGUUGUGGUGUUUGUCAAUGACAAGAUCCAUGACCUUGGUGUCGCUGCCUUGGACCCUAUCGAAAAAGCGCUAAUCGCUUACGAAAAUGUAAGUGCAGUUUUCUGAGUGUCCACUUUACGGGUCGCAUUGUCAUUACGAGGGGUAGGUCUUUCUUUUAAAAGUUUAGUUCCAACAGGGAAAGCUAUAUAGUGCAUACUUUAUGUCAGUUUACAAUUUGUCUGCUUUUAUAUUCGAGGUUGUUACAGUGAGAGGCGUUUUGCACCCCCCCCGCCCCCCCACAGCUGACAUUAGCCACGUUCCUGAACUACUUUUGCGACAUUUCAGGUUAAGGCAUAUGAUUCAGCCAGAAGACAUGGUCAACAGUUAAGACUUGUCUGCCCAUGGUUUUGGGGUUGUGAUGUGAGACGCAUCUGUUAAUAAUGGAACUAUUAAGUGGCCCUAGCCUACAUUGUCGCGUAUUUACUUGCUUGAGUGGAAUAACGCUCGCGAGCGUUUUAAUGACGGCUUUUGCUACAUUCCAGAUUAAUCCCAAGAUCGAGACCACUUUGGACAUCUUACCCUUCACUGACCACCCAUGCCAACGGAUGGUACGUCACCGGGCGUUUUUUAAUUUCCCAAUUUUUGCCUGUCCCACUUGAAAGUUGUCCACCAACAGCGUUGUGGAAUCUCACGCCCAAAUUGCUCUAGCGUUUGCUCUUCUCUUUAAGACACUGCCUUCAGUCAUUUAUAUCAUCUGGCUUAUCGGUGACGUUUUGCCUAACGAAGACCAUGUCAGCGCUAGACAGGUUUCACUACCGUUUCAUAUUAGUUCCACCAUUUUUGCCCAUGACUUUGGUCUGCGAUGUUUUAAAUAAAACUCAUGCUUGCUGUCAGCGUGCUUCCAGUCCCCAUCCGAUAUCAGUUAUUGUCGACUGUCUAAUACUUUCUUAGCACUAUUGUGAAGCGGGAUAAAAAGACAAGCGACAUUCAAAGCUUACCUUACUGGCGUCUUUUUUCUAGCGACUAUCAAAUCACGGGGUGUAAUCUCCUAACAGCUAACUCGACUGCCUGCAUUGUAAGGUUUCGGGGCCCAAUGUUAUUCUAUUUCCUCAGAUAAUGGCUUGACAGUAUGAACAUGUAAACUGCACUUUUUGCGAGAACAUACGUAGUGGAAAGGCCUUUCUAGAGCCCCAUCCGUGGUACUUGUCCUCACAAUGUUAAUAGAGACAAUUAAUGAGGUAGGUUUAGGAAUCUCGAGUGCGAAUCCGCUUCUUCGGUUUGACUACGGUCUGGCGUACAUUAUUAUGUCCUGUUCACUUAAUUUUCCGAACUUGACUUUGCGCACGCCGUUUUUACAUGCGCAGCAUUUGGCCUGACCAACGAAAACGAAAAGUCAAGCUGGCGAGCAAACCUACCUCGUUUUUCCUGCAUAGAAACGUUGACCGUGACUUGCAACUCGUUCCUUUUCCAACUUCUAUUUCCAUGAGCGUACUAAAAGUAACCCGUGCGGCCAAUUUCCCUUUCCAGAUUUUCUCUCCAACUGGUAUGCUGAACGGCGAUACGGAUGACAGUCGCAACAUCUAUGAUGCCGCCGAGGCUGGAAUUAAAAAGUAAGCGUUGUACUACUUGUAGGACUUAAGCGACGCCGUUGAAUAGUGUAUGGGGGAUGAAUCGCUCGCCGAUUUUAUUGCGGUUAGUGGUGUCUUGUCGUUAGGUUUCCAGCACAUCACGGUUUUGGUUUCUGCAACCCACGUGCGUGUGAUGCAAUAGAUAACAUCGGUUUUCAGCGAGUACGUGCGGUUUCGUCCGCGUUUAAUGCACGCAGAGCACGUACUCUGCCUCGUCUUUUGCCGUCAAUAGAGGGCUGCGCAUGACGGGUACUGUAGCGUAGCUUACAAUUAUCCUGCUGCCUGAAAUUAGAGCGCUUCACAUUGUUCGAAGAGUUUAGAUCACCGGUCUGCUCCUGACUCCUUUUCUAAAGUCAACCUCCAUGAGACUUUCUAUAGCAAAGUAAUGCAAAUCUAGCACUUCCGACUGGUUAACUUGUCUAACUUCGAUGUCACAUAGGCAGAAGUUCCCUGGCAAGCUCUUUUUUGUUGGCUACCUGUUUAAGUCUAAAGCCGCCUAAUUGCUCUUUAAUUUACUGUCUUUCCCAGGGCACUGUCUAUCAACUGCAGGUCACCUCUUCUGGUACUCGGACCCAUCAAAUCAGCCCCCAGGGAUGUUGUGUGGAUGGAGGAUGAAUUUCCACUGUUAAAUGCUGUCUUGGGUGCCCUACAUGCUCUGUAUAUGGUAGGUCAUUGUGUUCCGCGCAUGGAUACCUUUCAGUUGCGUCAAUGUUAAUUCACCAUAUUAAGAUCUGUUGUUAACUUCGAAAGUUGCCUGUGUACUCCUAAAUUUUGUGUCCAACGUUAUCGUGACUCAUUUGCCGUGUGUGCUGUGUCAGACUUCUAUUGGGGCUAAACAUGUGCGUGCGUGCGAGAAAGGCGUGGUCUUUUACCAUGUCAACGGCCAUGUCCGAGCACAUCUGCAGUCCUCUUAAACCUACUUAACCAUUGGACCUAGUGGGGGUACUAGAAGGGAGUAGGAACGCGACUGUGACUGUGUCGCUGCUACCUCCCCAGGCAACGGUGGCCGUCUUCGGGUACGACGGGUGAAGUGCCAUGUGUGAUAGGAGCGGACUCCUCAUCAGCUUCAAAAGCAACCCAUCACGACAGUCGGCUUUUCGGCCCAUUUUCUACCACACUAUUGUCAGUACGUGCGCGCUUCUCCACUUCCUAAAUUCCCAUGCUUUCCUCUAAAUUGGGGCCUUUGUUUUUUGCAUGUUUGGUCAUAUUCAGCCUCUGGAACUUCGAGAAAUACACUCCGAGAAGCCCAGCAAGUUUGACAAGCUUGGUGUGUUCAAUGCCACUCAGAAGCUCAUUUUCAUCGCCGCAGCCAUUGAAGAGGGCAGAAGGGUAGCCAGGGACAUUGGAGGCUCCGAUCCCGAGCGAAUGGCAGCCCCAAAGAUCGCCGAAUACUUGAAAAAAGAGUUUCAGAAUGUCCCUGAGGUGUCUGUUGACAUUCAAGAAGUCGAGGAAAAGGCUUAUCCUCUGAUGGCUGCUGUCAAUCGUGCGGCGUCUGGUAGGUGAAUCGCCCCAAAAUCAAGAGGUGCUUGCAUCUGCGCGUUUUAAAAGCACUUGAGGCAGUUCAACCUCCAAGGCAUUUUUCAUUUCGUCGCGUUUCUCCCCGACAACCUAACAUAUAUGCAAACUUGUUCUAUCAAAGUCUAAGUAGGUUGCGACAUCCAAUAUGUCCGCAUGUUUGUUUUUACCUUUUGGGAGACGCUAUGUAAUACUGUAUUGUACAAGUUUUAGCUGUAAGGAAAAAACUUGUUUUCUUCAACAUCGUUCUGUAGAUGGUUUGCAUAGGUUAGAUUCUUUAGGCAGUAAAGUCAUGCUCAUUUAGAGUGAGUCAGUCUUGUUCACUUACAGAACUCUUCUUAGUUCACAAACAUCUUCUUUUUCCCCUCUGCUUAGGUAAUGCCCGACACCGUGGAAAGGUUGCUCACCUGACCUACAAGUCCUCCACAGUGGAUACUAGUCUCUUCUUAGUGGGCAAGGGGAUCACCUAUGAUACUGGUGGUAAUGACAUUAAGGCCGGUGGAAUUAUGGCAGGAAUGCACCGAGACAAGUGUGGGGCGGCCGCCAUCGCCGGUUUCUUUAAAACCCUGUCAAUCCUCAAACCUCCGGGCUUACAGGUUUUUGGUUACUUGGCACUAGUGCGAAAUAGUUGUGGCUCAAACGGCUACGUUGCUGACGAACUAAUUACUUCACGCGCCGGGUGUCGCGUGCGAGUUGGCAAUACAGACGCUGAAGGUCGCAUGGUGAUGGCAGACCUUCUCUGUGAGGCCAAAGAACAAGUAAGAUCUGUUUGUCUCUUCUUUACUUACAAUGCCCCCGUGUCAGAUGGUAAAUCUCGUUUUUUUAAGGGGUUGCACAUAGGCCAGGGUAGAUGAACUGCUCAUUUGCAGCCUGUUUGUCGUUGUCAGCUGUCGAGUGUUGAUUUAUCGUCUCCAUGCGACCCCCUGUGCGGGCUCUGCCGAAUCUCUAGCUCUGAGGACCGACAGGCGUCACUACUGUGUGACCCUGGGUGUUCCCAAUCACAACCGACAGGACGCAAGUCCGCGGCUCAAGAGGCUCGACGACUUAGCAGCCGACGUCCGAGUUCUGGCUUUUCUCCGUCCGGCCUUUGCGCAUGGCUGGCUGACGACGACAAAUAAGUCAGUGGUGGUCAUUUCCACAUUUUCCGCCUUUUUGUUAGUAAUCGCCCGUAACUGCAGCUGUCUGCGUUGGCUGUACGAAUGACCUAGAAAGCCAAGGGGUAUCGCUCUCGCCGAAUUCCGCAAUCAGGCUAGAUCGGCGAACGUUGCCCACCUAUACUGUCUUUCGUUGCCUUACUGGCGGAAAGCAACUUGAAAAAAUACAAUUUUAUAGCUUUAUAGCACCCAAGCUGCCAAGGUGCUCGCCUGCGGUGAACAGGAUCUACUUUUAGAUUUUGUUUUAUUUUUCAUUUAGGCAGUCAACUCCAAGAACCCCUUCCUCUUCACAAUCGCCACCCUCACCGGCCAUGUCAUUAGGGCAUACAAAUUCUACACGGUAUGUCCAUUUCUUCAUCUUUGCGUAUUUGAUCGGGUUAGUGUCUCAUCCUUCCUUCUCCGCGGAAUCGCCCUAUGUAUUCUGGUGGUUCUGUUGCCCUCUGGCACUGUGCAUGCCAACCAUUGACAACUACACUGUGCGCAAUUAUCCACAAUUGUUCUCAUUCCUUGGCAUCACUGAAUGCUGUGAAGGGUUUAUUUGCGCCUCUUGUCCACAGUGGACUGGAAUCCAAGCCACCACCCACCAAUCAUUCAGCGACAUCUGUUCUCUAGGUACAUCUUUUUGGUCAAUCUCAGUCCUUAGCAAAGAGAAGAAAGGUUUUAAUCCAUAGUGUGUAGCACUUGUGUGUUACCUUGAUUGGACCGGUCUAGGAGUUGUUUUUCUACUCAUCCUAGUUAAGGCAGGCCCACUAUAGGCCGCUGUGGCAGUAUUCACUGGGACAACUCAGUCCUCUAAGCUUUUGGCCAUCUUAUUCCCCAUGCAUUGUAAGCCAGCUACAUUUGCGGUUCUUAGGCCCUCAUGGACAACGGUCCAGCAAGGAAGUUGUCAGUAUCUCAGAAGUUGCAGAAAGCCGGCGAGCGAGUCUCCGAUAUGGCAGAGGUAAGGCUGAUAAAAUGUCUCCUCUAAACACCUUGUCCGCCCCCAUCCUCUUUUGACAUUUUCAUCUUAUUGCUAACAGAUAUCAACAGUACGCCGUGAGGACUUUGAACUCACUAAAGGGCACUCUGAACUCGAGGACGUUCUUCAGUGCAACAAUCUGCCUAGCAGUGGAACUCCACGCGGUCAUCAGUUCCCAGCAGCUUUUAUGACAAUCGCUAGUGGCCUUGAUAAGGUACACUUCUUGCUACUUCCUGGCCCUGAGCCUAGAUUGUUUACCAGCCGGUAUCACCACACUGCUUAAUUCGUAUUUUAAUCUCAGGGCUCUUUUACCGUCUUACGGGUUUCGUGCUUUCGAAUUUUAGCAUGGUCUUGGCAAGGAGAAGCCACUACCAUAUACUCACAUAGACGUGGCUGGAAGCGCUGGAUUAAUUGGUACCACGCCCACGGCUGCACCCAUGAUGAUGCUUACUAGCCACUUUGUCCUUCCCAGACUGUGA